AAACUGUGAGUUGUCGUUGACAUGGAUUUAUCAAACAACCAUUUCUCAGGUAGUCUACCAAGCAGCAUUGGGGGUCUUACAAAUUUAGUUAAUCUCUCCUUGCAAAAUAAUAACUUUGAAGGCCCUAUUCCUAGUUCAUGUGGCAACUUGCUUAGCCUAGAACUUUUAGAUUUAUCAAACAACAAUCUGUCUGAAAUGAUUCCAAAGUCAUUGCAAGCACUUGUACACCUCAAGUAUCUAAAUUUGUCUUCCAAUAAACUCCAAGGAGAAAUUCCAAUGGGCGGGCCCUUCCAAAACUUCUCAGCUCAAUCAUUUGCUUCGAAUGGUUUACUUUGUGGCGUACCCCGACUGAAAGUUCCACCAUGCAAAAAAGGUACAGAACAACCGCAUUCAAGGAAAGCUGGAGCACCCAUCCUGAAAUAUAUUAUUCCAGGGGUCUUAUCAGCACUGCUCAUCGUGGCCGCUGUUUCAACGUUGAUAUUACGCAGGAAAAGGAAUGUGGAAGUUGGAAGGGAGAUGGUCUUGUCGCCUCAAUUUCAAUGGAGAAGAGUUUCACACCUGCAACUUGUAAGGGCGACAAAUGGAUUUAACGAAAACAGCUUACUUGGCAACGGGGGUUUUGGCUCCGUAUAUAAAGGAACACUUUCGGAUGGGAUGGAUGUUGCUGUAAAGGUUUUCAAUUUACAGAUAGAAGGGGCUUUCAAGAGUUUUGAUAGUGAAUGUGAAGUGAUAAGCAAUAUCCGUCACCGGAAUCUUGUCAAAAUCAUCAGUAGUUGCAGUCAAAUUGAUUUCAAAGCCCUGGUACUCCAGUACAUGCCUAAUGGGAGCCUUGAGAAGUGGUUGUAUUCUCAAAACUCUUCUUUGAAUAUCCUACAAAGGUUGAACAUAAUGAUAGAUGUCGCAUUGGCAUUGGAAUACCUUCACCAUGGUUAUUCGAUACCUGUUGUGCAUUGCGACAUGAAGCCAAGCAAUAUACUACUAGAUGAAGAUAUGGUUGCACAUGUUGCUGAUUUUGGCAUUGCGAAACUCUUGGGUGAAGGAGAUUCUUUCACACAAACCAUGACCCUAGCGACGAUCGGAUAUAUGGCUCCAGAGUAUGGCAUGGAUGGAAUUGUUUCCACAAAAGGGGAUGUGUACAGUUUUGGUAUUGUACUUAUGGAAACAUUCACAAAAAAGAAGCCAACAGAUGAGAUGUUUGCUGGGGAAAUGAAUUUAAAGCAAUGGAUUUCAAAUUCAUUAUUUCAAGAUGCAAUUGUUGAAGUUGUGGAUGCCAGCUUACUUCGAACGGAGGAAGAUCGUGAUUUUUCGAGCAAGAGGGAUUGUUUAUCGUCCAUUAUGAGAUUAGCUCUAGGUUGUUCUGCCGAAUUUCCGGAAGAGAGGGUUGGCAUGCGAGAUUCUGUAGCCACACUCAAUAAAAUCAAGAUUAAGUUUUUGAAGGCCAAUGGAGGAAAGUAAUAUCAAGAACUUGGUGAAAGUUGAGGAGGUGGAUGAAUUCCUUCACCAGCCUCAACCCUAACUUGGCUGCCAAGGAAACUCACCUCACCUCCCACCGGAGCGGAACUUUUACCUUUAUCUGGCUGAUGAAAGUGUGGUCGCAGCGCUGGAUUAGUUGUAAAGUUUCUCUUUCCGAUUUAUAUGCAUUUUCUUCUUCCUUUUUAUCACAAGAAUAGAAUGAUACCA